UGGCUUGACAGCAGGUCUGGUUCUCACCUAGCUCGCGCUGACAGUCUCUCCGCGAGCAGAGGCUCUGUGUGAUGACGGCUUUAGUGUACACUUCAGCCCCGGCGUCUGGUUCUUCGGACUUUCCAUUUUUAAAAUAUCUCACCGUGCGUUGAAAGACGUCAGAAUUGACCUGAGAAACAGCAAGUGAACACGAAUUAUUUUUUUCUUUCUUUUUCCCUUUAUGUGGUUGACUGAAUUUGAGCGUCCAUCCCAGGUAGCCUAUUCGCCGUUGUGUGUGACGCCAGGCUACUUUUCUUUUCUUAUUUCAGCCCGCUGGGUCCGGCAGGGUCCAGUUUGUGUGGAACAGUCCGUGAGUGGAAGUUUUAACUGGAAGCUUUUGGGCAUCAGAAAGUCUUGAUCUUGAAACCUCGACUACUGACAGAAAAACUACGAAAAUUUUUACCAAUGGAGCCCCGACUGAGAGAUAAUCUGAGGGUUGUGUUUGUCUUGAUCCUCUUCUCGGCAGGUUCGAGUGAACAUGACCUAGACUGGAAGUUCUGUGGCACCUGGCGUCAUGGCAAGCGCUCCUUGAUGCUGAACGUCAACCUGACCACAGGCUGUAGCGAGAUCUCCGUCUCGGCUAACGAUAGCUCUCUGUCCAUCGACGGGCAGAUCACAGCUCAGUGUAUGCAAUCUGACGGGAUUGACCUCAGAAUGUUUGUACUGGAGUCACAGGAGGAAACCCCAUUCUGUCUGUACUGGGAGCCAAUUCUUGGCCAGUUGAAGCUGCAGCUGAAUCAUAAAAAGGAGGUUGGAGGAGAGAACUUUAUUCUGUGCAAGCCUGACAGAAUGCAGCACUCCUGCUGCACUGAUCUGUCUCAAGGUCCCAAGGAAGACCAAGCAACCUACGGCAUCAAGGAUGGAACGGCCAACGAUGAUUUUAUCACAGACAAAAUAACGACAGCCUACAGUUUUAAAGGAAUCCCCGUCAACUGCACGACAUUAUGUGAUCAAGAGAGCCAGGGAUCCUCCCAAGUCAACAUGGCGUCCAGGGCUCAGCAUCCCUGCCCUCACAGCUCCGAGAUGGAGAUGACAGAGGAUUUUAGAGGCCAAAACGUCACAGCGCCUACCACUAGAGGUGUAUCUGCAGAAUCCACUGUCACUGUCUAUCUCCCCCCUGCUUUAAAAACAGCUGCAAAACUGAGAAGCAAAGUAAUCUGCACCUUCUUCAAAAACAACUCCCUGUUCCAGGACGGUCACAAGGAGGACAGGGUUCUUGAUGAUGUGGUGGAAAUCACUGUGGAGAACGAAGUGAUCGUUAAUCUGCCCGACCCAAUCAGGAUUGGCUUUCACCAUGGUAAAAUGCACUUAAGGAGAUGUGUUUCAUGGGACACCAGGAAAGAUCCGUCACAGGUCAAUUGGUUGGAGGAUGGAUGCAAGACGGAACAGAAAGGACCCAAAUACACCGAGUGUCUCUGUAACCAUCUCACUUACUUCACUGUUCUAGUGCAAAUGGAGCCUCGCCCAGUGCGCCACCUCCUGGCACUGACCGCCAUUACAUCUCUGGGCUGUGCUGUGUCUGUGAUCAGCUGUGUUGCUCUCAUCAUUUAUCUCUGCAGGAAGAGGCGAUCAAAGGAGCAGUCCAUACCCAUCCACUUAGGCUUAGCUGUGUCUCUCGCCUUCCUCAAUCUGCUCUUCUUCCUCACUGGGGUCCUUGCCAACGUGGGAGGGGAGAGUGUGUGCCCCUGGGUGGGGGCGGGCCUCCACUAUGCCCUACUCAGCUCCUUCACCUGGAUGGGCAUAGAAGUUUUCCACACCUUCUGGUUGGUCUACAUGGUUUUCAUCCCCCCCCCAAAGCCAUAUGUAUGGAACCUGGUCGGCUUCGUUCUCCCUGCUCUUCCUAUAAUCAUCCUGGCUGCAGUAGGUGACAUUUAUGGAGUGAGAAAGGUGGUGCCGAGCGAUGACGUCUCCAAUCCUUAUCUGAUGUGCUGGAUGAAAGAGAACCACAAGGCCCUGCUCGCCCACUAUUUCACCACUAUGACGAUCCUGGCCGUCCUGGUGUCCUCGGGCGUUGUGAUGCUCUUCCUGGUCUACAGGGAGAUCCGCACCAGGGAGGAAUGGAGGCAGAGCCGUGUGGCUUUUCUCAGCAUCUGGGGCCUCAGCUGCCUCUUUGGGACAACUUGGGGUCUGACCUUCCUGGACUUUGGUCCACUCUCUGACUUUGUUCUCUUCCUCUCCUGCAUCCUCAACUCGUUUCAAGGUUUCUUCCUGAUGCUGCGCUUCUACAUGCUGGACUGGAUACGGAAACAGGCUGGGGGCUCUGCUCUGGGCAGCACCAGCACCGGGUCAACCAGGCAACACAUGCUGCAGUCCCAGGAGAAGAGUUAGAUGGACUUAAAAACGUGGCACAUCAAAGCUGCAGCAGUCAAGCUUUUUAUGUUAAAAUACAGUCUUCUUAUCAAAGUAAUUGACAAAAUGGAGAAAAACGCAUUGGCUGUGACUCUGUAGAUUCACUGUUUCUACAGCUGAAGUUCUGUUGUCAGUUUUGGUUGCUGCUGAGUAGAGUGUCAUCAUCCCACAACUGAAGAGUGACUCAAAACAGCAGUGAGCGAGCUUUCCAUACGUCCUACGCCUCUCAUUCUUCUGGUGUCCUCUGGUUUUAAACAUCACAGACCAGCUGGGUUGGUAAACACAAGCACACUGAGUCAAAUUCACAGACAUCGCCUUAUUGGAGUCCUCGCCACCACGAGACAAAUCGGAAUCGGAAAUUGAACAUGGAGCUGGACUUGAAUGGCCUUCUUUUAACUGAAAGUACUGCCAAACAACAUUUUUUUUUUUCAGUUCCAUUUCCA